AGAUGAUUAUUUAAUUAUCUUUAAUUUAACUACAAAAUUGUUAAACAAAUUGCUCUUGUUUCGUAUUUUAGUAUAUUCAAAUACCAGUGAUGAGAAUAAAUUCAAAAAAUCAGACUUAUCGUUUCGAAUAAAAAUUCCAAUGAAAAACAAUUAAAAGUUGAAAAGAAAAAAUAAAAGCAAACAAGCGGCGCUGGCAUCGAAAAUUAUUGUCGUUUCCCCUCUUCAACUCCCCGAUCCAUUGACUUUACUGUAGUCAAUGUAUAGGUAGACUAUAAUUUAACAAUAAAAUAUCUAGAGUCUCUAGAGUUAACAUUUUAAACGAAAAAAAAAAUAAUACAAUAAUGGAUAACAGUUCCGAGGAAAGUCAAGGACUUCAAGAAGAAAAUAAAACAGAUGACGUCCAGGCCAAGUUGCAAAACUUAGAGACAGAAAGCAAACAUAUGCAGGAACAGUUCAAUAUUCAAAGGGCAAAAAUGAAAGAAUUAUUUCUUCAAAAAGAAGAGGAAUUGAAGCAAAAGCAAGAAGAGUAUCAUUCAAUGCAAAAGGAGAAUGUGAAAUUAAAAAAUGAAUUGGACGACGUGAAGAGUCAAUUAACUGUCGUCGAUUUAAAAACUCAAAAUGACAUACUUUUUGAAAAGCGUAAAGCUCAGGAAGAAAUUGCUUCACUACAGCAAGUAAUUAACGAAACUGUCGAGGAAUCAUCGUCCUCUUGUAAACAUUUAGAUAACGAAGUUCGAAAAUUAAAGUCAGCAAUUUUAAGACUGGAGGAAGAGAAUUCUUCAUUACGAAUGCAAAUACCAAGAGAUCCACCGACCGAUGGACCGAUUUCAUUGUCAACUGUCACAAAAACUCUAGCUAGAAAAGUAGUAUCGCAAUUGGGCGCUGAUAACCUAUCGUUAGGUUCUGAUAAUUUAGAGGAAAGCAUGCGGAAGGUAAACAAAUAUGCUCAAGAAGACGCAGAAGUAUUACGUUCCCUGGUGGGACCAUUGGAAGAAGAGAUUAAAGCCUUAAAGGAAAAAUUGCGAGCAACUGAUGAGGAAUUACAGAAAUGUAAAGAAUUGCCAAUUUUAAAGCCAGCUCUUGAAUCUGUAUCAGGUUCUGAAUCGGUUUGUAAUAUGUGUGUUAAUUAUGAGGCACAAUUAGUGAGAAUGCAGGAAGAUGCCAAAAAUUUCGAUAAACAACUUCAAGAGUCCAAUAGAUUGUUGCAGUCGCAAAAAGACGAUUUAUUCAAGGAAGUUGAAUUCAGAAAGGGAAUGGAGGAAAAAUGGAAUGAGAAAAAGGAGGAGCAUAAAAUCAAAAUGGAAGAACUUACCUUACGAUUAGACGUCUCUCAGCAAUCAUUAAAUGAUUUAAAACAAGCCUACAAUCAGACAUUUGAAACGGUUAAGAAAGAAUUGACCAAACUUGUUGUCGGAAGGGAAGAAGUUCAAAAGCAUCUCGAUGAUUUGCAGAAAAGAAACGAAUAUUUGACCGGAAAACACAGCAAGCACUCGCAGGCCUUGCAAAAUGAGAACAUUAAUAUGCCAAACAGUGUUGAGGAAUUACACGUAAGUUUAUUGAGGAUUAGAGAAGAAUUAAUUGUCGCAAAAGUUGCGCAAGAAGUUUCGCAUGAGAAUGAAGAGACCCUAAGAUGUGAAGUGAAUUUACUGCACGAACAAAUGGAUCAAGACACUCGACUCAAGGAACAACAGGAGGCUAUUCUUCUCAGUGAGAAUAUGGAACUUAAAACUCAGCUUGAAACAUGCAGCAGAGAAUGUGAAUCAAGCGCUGAAAAAGUACAAAGACUAGAUCAAAUAGAAAAAAGAUUGGAUGAAGUAUUAAAGGAAAAGGAAAAAUUAGAAACCACUGUUAAUGAACUACGUCAAAGGUUGUCGAGUCUUCAACAAGAUUUAGAUACCAGCGAGGAAGUACAAAAGGAUUUUGUUCGACUUUCUCAAUCUCUUCAGAUUCAACUAGAAAAGAUAAGAGAAGGAAACAUUGAAGUCAGGUGGCAACAUGACGAAGAUGUCGAGGAAUGUCCAAGUUGUCAUAUAGCUUUUUCGGGCACCAAGAAGAAGGUACAUUGUAGACAUUGCGGACACAUAUUCUGUCAAUCUUGUUUGAAACAUCAAGUUCUCAGUGGACCAAAACGAAGACCAUCUCGAGUGUGUAUGGUGUGUCACACACUAUUAGUUCGUGACACUGCUCCAUACUUUAGCAGAGAACCGCCACAUACACCAGACUAAUAAAAUAUUUUCAAAAAAAAAAAAAUUAAUAAAUAAAUAAAAAAUUAAUGAAUAAUGAAGACAGUAAUAGUGAGACGUGCAAUAUCAAAGUGAUACAAUGAUUGUGAGCCACACUAAAUUCAGACUUUAGUUCUAAAUAGUACGCGAUGGCGCAAUUCUUUUUAAUCGAGCAAAGAUCGAUCGAUUAGUCAAACUUGCAGCAGAGAGAAAAAUAUAUUUUAAAUGCUUCACGCCCUCUUUUUUAAUUCAAAAAAAAAAAUAAACUAUCGAAUGAAACUUUGAAUUUCGCUUGAGAUCGCGUACCUUGUGAGAUUCCUAGGAACUUCUCAAAAUAAAAACAAAGCUAGAAAAAAAUUUCUGUAAAUAUAAAAUUGUGUACAACUUAAUAUUUCCUGUAAUUUAAAAUGAUUAAAGCAUCAGUAAAACA